CCCUCCUCCAGUUUAUCUGAAGCAAACCUUAUCUGCAUCUACACUCCGAUUUUCAACGUACAACUCAACUCAUCUACCCAAACUAAUACUUAUUCAAGUAUAAUCAUCAGCAUGGGUGGUGCAGACAGAGCAGGUGGAAAGGCGAAGCCUCUCAAGGCACCAAAGAAGGCGCCAAAGGCCGAGUUGGAUGAUGAGGACAAAGCUUUCCAAGAGAAGCAGCGUGCCGAUGCGAAAGCCAAGGCUGAGCUCGCCGCGAAGGCAAAGGGAAGCAAAGGACCCCUCAACACUGGCGCACAAGGAAUCAAGAAGAGCGGAAAGAAGUGAACAACUUAGAUGGUGUGCUGGAUAUAUUAAAGACAUGCUACGGGCAGACGGUCGAUGAGUGCAGCAUGGAGCAAGGGCGUUUCUCUGGUCAUCAAUAUACAAUCAUAAAACAGUCUUCCGAGGCCGGAAGGCUACGGGUGCAUGU